UUUUCAUCUUGGAGACAGUAGUGUACAUGUAGCCUCAAAUCUAAGCCACUGCCUGUCAGGCUGCUCCGUUUAUGCGCUCUGCGCUGCUCUCCUUUCCCUCUCCUCUCCCCUCUCUCUUUACUGCACUGCACUGCUCGUCUCUCCUCUCCCCACAUCUCCAUCUCUCCUCCUUCUCUUUCUCUUUUUCUACCUGCAUCUCUCUCACGCUACGCGCUCUUAUCUCUGUUGUGCAUUGCUGCGCUCUGCUCCAUUGUUUGGGAAAAUACUGUACACUGGGUGAUUUUUUUUUUUCAGCCAGAGCUGAACAGACUUCAGCUUCUGGUGGAAGAGGAAUUAGAUGCUCCAGGUUUGAGCUGCCUUGGAUUCUUUGGAUCUGUUUGAGCCUGAGAAGAGAAGAGUGCAGCAAAGGGAGCUGAGAGGGGCAGAGAGCUGCCCAGGUGAGAGCUUCAUCUGCUUGGGGAAGUAAAGGCUUCAAGGUGGUGGCAGUGGUGGUGGCGGUAGUGGUUGAUGGUUGUCCGUCAAGGGUCAUGCCCUGGGACUUGUGUGCCUUUCGGCAGUUGGAGUUGGAGACCCUCUCCCACUUUUGCCCCCCUAGUGGGGCAGCAUUGAUCCUGGUGCCGGGAAAAGCUGCCGGGCACCAGUGGCUGCGGCGUGAAGAGUGGACACCAUGAACCAGCUGGAUGCACCACGGCCACUCAACUGGACCAUCAGAAAACUGUGCCAUGCAGCCUUCCUGCCAUCUGUACGCCUGCUAAAGGCACAGAAAUCGUGGAUAGAAAGAGCAUUCAGCAAGCGGGAAUGUGUUCAUAUAAUAGUGAGCGCCAAAGACCCCCAUAGGUGCUGUUGUGGUCGUCUGAUAGGCCAGCAUGUGGGCUUGCCACCGGGCAUCUCAUCCAGUCAGAAUGAUAAGGCAGAGCGUCUGGCCAAGAAUGACAGCCUGUCGGAGAAGUGGUCAAUCAGCAAACACACACAGCUCAGCCCCACUGAUGCCUUCGGCACCAUCGAAUUCCAGGGAGGAGGACACUCCAACAAAGCCAUGUACGUGCGAGUGUCGUAUGACACCAAGCCUGACCUGCUGCUGCACCUGAUGACCAAGGAAUGGCAGCUGGACCUGCCCAAGCUGCUCAUCUCAGUCCACGGAGGCCUGCAGAACUUUGAAUUACAGCCCAAACUCAAGCAGGUGUUUGGCAAAGGGCUCAUCAAGGCUGCCAUGACAACCGGAGCUUGGAUUUUCACUGGAGGGGCUAACACAGGGGUGAUUCGCCAUGUGGGUGAUGCGCUGAAAGACCACGCCUCCAAGUCAAGGGGGAAGAUUUGCACCAUUGGUAUCGCUCCAUGGGGCAUUGUAGAAAAUCAAGAGGAUCUUGUUGGCAAAGACGUGGUGCGUCCAUACCAGACCAUGUCCAACCCUCUGAGCAAGCUGACGGUUCUAAACAGUCUCCACUCACACUUCAUCCUGGCAGACAAUGGCACCACGGGAAAGUAUGGCGCCGAGGUCAAACUGCGCCGCCAGCUCGAGAAACACAUCUCUCUGCAGAAGAUCAACACACGUAUCGGUCAGGGUGUACCGGUGGUGGCUCUUAUCGUAGAAGGAGGCCCUAAUGUGAUCUCCAUAGUGCUGGAGUACCUCAGGGACACUCCUCCAGUCCCUGUGGUGGUGUGUGACGGCAGCGGCAGAGCCUCAGACAUCUUGGCCUUUGGACACAAAUACUCUGAGGAGGGAGGCAUAAUUAAUGAGUCUCUAAGAGACCAGUUGCUGGUGACCAUCCAGAAGACUUUCACCUACAGCCGCACACAGGCCCAGCAUCUGUUCAUCAUUCUCAUGGAGUGCAUGAAGAAGAAGGAACUUAUAACAGUUUUCCGGAUGGGGUCGGAGGGUCAUCAGGACAUUGACCUUGCCAUCCUCACUGCAUUACUCAAAGGUGCCAAUGCUUCAGCUCCGGACCAGCUGAGUUUGGCUCUAGCAUGGAACAGAGUGGACAUCGCACGCAGUCAGAUCUUCAUCUACGGACAGCAGUGGCCUGUUGGUUCCCUGGAGCAGGCGAUGCUGGAUGCCUUAGUUCUGGACAGAGUGGACUUUGUCAAGCUGCUGAUUGAAAAUGGAGUCAGCAUGCACCGUUUUCUCACGCUUUCCAGACUGGAGGAGCUCUACAACACGCGACACGGACCAUCGAACACGCUGUACCACCUCGUCAGAGAUGUCAAAAAGGGAAACCUGCCCCCGGACUACCGCAUCAGCCUCAUCGACAUCGGACUGGUCAUCGAAUACCUCAUGGGCGGGGCGUAUCGGUGUAACUACACCAGGAAGAGGUUCAGAACUCUGUACCAUAACCUCUUUGGACCUAAGAGGCCCAAGGCCUUAAAGCUGCUGGGGAUGGAGGAUGACAUGCCGAUCCGCAGAGGCCGCCAGAAGACGACACGCAAACGCGAGGAAGAGGUGGACAUAGAUUUGGAUGACCCAGAAAUCAACCACUUCCCUUUCCCCUUCCACGAGCUGAUGGUGUGGGCCGUGCUCAUGAAACGUCAGAAAAUGGCGCUGUUCUUUUGGCAGCAUGGCGAGGAGGCGAUGGCCAAGGCCUUGGUGGCGUGUAAGCUCUGUAAGGCCAUGGCUCACGAAGCGUCCGAGAACGACAUGGUGGACGACAUCUCCCAAGAACUGAACCACAACUCCAGAGAGUUUGGUCAGCUGGCAGUGGAGCUCCUGGACCAGUCCUAUAAACAGGACGAGCAGAUGGCCAUGAAGCUGCUGACAUACGAGCUGAAGAACUGGAGCAACGCCACCUGCCUGCAGCUGGCUGUAGCGGCCAAACACCGAGACUUCAUUGCUCACACCUGCAGUCAGAUGCUGCUGACCGAUAUGUGGAUGGGUCGCCUGCGCAUGCGCAAGAACUCAGGCCUGAAGGUGAUUUUAGGGCUGCUUCUGCCGCCGUCCAUCCUGAGCCUGGAAUUCAAGAACAAGGAUGAGAUGUCCUACAUGCCCCAGGAUCAGGAGGCCUACCUGCAGGAGAAGGAGGAGGAGGAGCCUGAGAAACCAGUCAAGGAGAAGGAGGAGGAAGACAUGGAGUUCACAGUAAGAUCUUACUGUGAGACGCAGUACAACUCCGUGGCGAUGCUUGGUAAGGUAACCACAGAGACGUCCAGAAAGAAGGAUGUUGAGGAGGUUCAGAACCGCCACCGCCUUAUCCCCAUGGGACGCAAGAUAUACGAGUUCUACAACGCUCCAAUUGUCAAGUUCUGGUUCCAUACGAUGGCUUACGUGGGCUACCUGAUGCUGUUUAACUACAUUGUCCUGGUCAAGAUGGACCUGUGGCCUUCUCCUCAGGAGUGGAUCGUCAUCGCUUACAUCUUCACCAACGGCAUUGAGAAGAUGAGAGAGAUCCUGAUGUCAGAGCCGGGGAAGCUGUUACAGAAGGUUAAGGUGUGGCUUCAGGAGUACUGGAACAUCACAGACCUCAUGGCCAUCCUCAUAUUCUCUGUUGGCAUGGUUCUGCGUCUCCAGGAGCCACCGCUCAUGAGCUAUGGGCGGGUCAUCUACUGCGUCAACAUCAUCUAUUGGUACAUUCGGCUGCUCGACAUCUUCGGAGUCAACAAAUACCUAGGUCCCUAUGUGAUGAUGAUUGGCAAGAUGAUGAUCGACAUGAUGUAUUUUGUGAUCAUCAUGUUGGUGGUGCUGAUGAGUUUUGGGGUGGCACGUCAGGCCAUCCUCAACCCUAACGAAGACCCGUCCUGGAUGCUAGCUAGGAACAUCUUCUUCAUGCCUUACUGGAUGAUCUACGGAGAGGUGUUUGCUGACCAGAUUGACCAUAUGCAUAGUAGGAAGUUACAGCACAGGCUGAAUGAAAAACUCUGGCUGGUCGAAAAUUACUUUCGAACUCACGGAACCUGGCGUAAUAAUGGUCCAUCCCACACUGCCCAGUGCAGUCAAAAUCCCACUCCCUGUGGGCAGAACAUCACGUUAGACGACGGGGUGGUGGUGGCCCAGCCUCCCUGUAAGACGGGUGCUUGGAUUGUCCCAGCGAUCAUGGCUUGCUAUUUGUUGGUGGCCAACAUCCUGCUGGUCAACCUCCUCAUAGCUGUGUUCAACAAUACAUUCUUCGAGGUGAAGUCCAUCUCCAACCAGGUAUGGAAGUUCCAGCGCUACCAGCUCAUUAUGACCUUCCAUGAACGCCCAGUCCUUCCUCCACCCCUCAUCAUCUUCAGUCACAUAACUAUGGUCCUCAAGCAUCUGUGUUGUCGCUGGCGCAAGCAUGAUGAUGACGAGAGGGACUAUGGCCUGAAGCUUUUCAUCACAGAGGAUGAGCUGAAGAAAGUCCAUGAUUUCGAGGAGCAAUGUAUUGAAGAGUACUUCAGAGAGAAAGAUGACAGAUUUCACUCCUCUAAUGAUGAGAGAAUCAGAGUCACUUCUGAAAGGGUGGAGAACAUGGCAAUGCGUUUGGAGGAAGUCAAUGAGAGGGAACACUUCAUGAAGGCAUCACUGCAGACUGUUGAUAUCCGUCUGGCCCAAAUGGAGGAGCUUAUUGGACGAAUUGCUGUUGCGUUGGAGCGUGUGACGGGUGUUGAACGCGGGGAGGUCAACAAAGUGCGUUCUCGGACUUCAUCUGACUGCACGGACUCUGCAUACAUUAUCCGCCAGGCUGAGUGCCCAGAAGCAGCAUAUAUCCUCCGUCAAAGCAGCUUUAAUAGCACAGAGGGGAACGCCUACCGUCUGCAGGAGGCACUGGAGGGGCCAGCUGAGGGCUCCAUGUCCCCUCCUUCUCCUACUGGCAUGGCUACACGGACAAGGAGCCACUCAUUUUAUGUUGGUGGUGGUCGUGGUGCUGAACGUGCAAGUGGUGCUGAACGAGCUGAAAGCUUCUUCAAAGAGCGCUCCCUGAGUCUUCACCGAGCCAACAGCUCACAAUCUGUGUCCUCAGCUGCUGCCCCCAAGGAGUCUAAGCCCCUCCCACUCGCGACACUGUCGGUCUCCCAGCAGCACCGUCCAUCAUCAUGUAUUGAUAUCUAUGUCUCAACAUCUGAGGAGGUGGGGCCAGCAGAGGUCUUUCUGGAUCCUCUCCGUGUGAUCCCACCACUCCAGAGGGACUCCUCGCUGCAGUCAGAUACCAUGGAGACGGUGCUGCCUGGAGGCCGGGAUUUCAGCAGCGCCGCAACCAGUGGUUUGGGCGACAGACACUCGGAGGGCGGUGCAGGCAGCAGUGGAACAGCUGGAGCUAUGUUUGAUGACAGCGCAGCUGCUGAUUUGUCAUUGUGCUCAGCACACCUCUUACCAGACACCACCUUACCUCCUUGGGAUAUGGAACCAUCCCCGCCUCCUUCAGCAGGGCUGCUCGAGCGAUCUAAGAGCAGCCGCUACCUCUCUACAGCAGGCACAGGAUUCCUGGAUGAGCCUCCUCUGGUCAAGUCCCACAGCCUCAUGUUCACACCAAGAGGCUGCUAUGGAGGACUGGGGGGGGCAGGAGUCCAGGUAAAGGCUGCAGAGUACACCAGCAUCACUGACUGCAUCGAUAUACGCUGUGUCUCAUCUCCAUACACCCCUAUAGAACGCUCAAACUCACCUGGAGGUUCCACCUCGUUCCCCUUUGAUAAGCCGUCAGACAUUGGUUCCUCUCACCCGGAGAGAGAAGCAGAGCUUAGUCAUACAGAGUCUGAUCCAGAGGACCCUGAGGACCUGAUGCCAGCCCCAGAUACCCCUCGCCUAGGGGGCCUUGGCGGGCCCAGUGGAGCCCCUCUCUGCUCCCCCUUCUCCAGGCUGGAGCGAGCAAACAGCUGCUCUUCAGACGACUCCCAUCCUUCCCUCACGCUGGCCCCUCCGCAUCGGAAGAGCCUGUCGGUGAGUGAGAGGAUGGAGAGGGGACCGGGUCUGGGGGCAGACAGGGGGCCUGGGCCUGGAGGGCGGGGUCUGGCAGGACCCAGAAACCCCUUCCUCAGGAGCAAGUCUGGAGCAAGGCCUGAGACGGCCAAGACUGACAACCUCUCCAUGAGAAAGUUGGCUACUCCGUCAGCUUUCCGAAGCUUUGAUAGGCAAAACUAUACGUGACAUGGACAUGUCAGUGCACUCACACAUUGUUAGGACCAGGAAGGAAAACUGAGAGGGCCAAGGGCAAGAGAGAAAGCAGGGUGAAGCUGCCCAUAGAUGCUGAUGUGAACCAGAUCUACAUUUUUUAACUUAAAGUUUUAGGACAGAAAAGAUUUUCAUAGUCAGUGUUGAAGGGCAGCUACACCCUGAAUCAUGAAUCAGAGGGGAAAGGGAUGGAAGAUAAAGGGGUCCUUCUGUACACCAGUCAAAACAAAGAGCUAUGAAUCUAGACUAGUUUUUACCUCUUGUAGCUAAGUAACUCUCAAUGGGGUGUUAUGGCAAUGGAAGGUGUAUUUGUACUGUAUGUCUUCCACCCACCACCUUUACAUCAAGUAGACAUCUGUCACUGUUACAUCACAUAUCAGUCACGCUAGUCAGACAAAGUAUACUGUUACUCCUAGCUGCAUUAUAUGGUAGACGCUGUCGACUCUGAGAGACUAAGAGAGAGGAAGAAGACAGUCACCUCAUAUUGUCAUUUUGUCUUAGCAUAGAGUCAUUGCUGUUGCAGAGCCUUUGCUUCAAAUACGUUUUCCUCUCUUCAUAUAAUCCUAACUCCAAUUUGUAAGACCCCAGCAUUAGCAGGCAGAAAGACGUUAACAUUUCUGGCUGCAUCAUAAAGGAAUUAUUAAGUGUUUGAUUUAACUGCACUUCAAAUGAUAUCUGUAACAUGGCAACAACUUACCUCUGGAUACACAACACACACUUUUCAAGUAAUCAAUACUUAGUUUUUUAAGGAAAUAUAAUAUCAAGUGUCUUUCAUAUACAUAUUGUAGCAUCAGAGAUUAAAUCCCAUACGUUUUAAAAUAAAAUACAACUUACAGGAACCUGUAUUUAUCAGUUUAGUUCGAAACAAAAGGCAGCGUUUGAACACACUCUAGUCAAAAAGUCAUUACUCUAUCAUGCAUCUCCGGUCAGCCAGUGCUUGAAAGCAUACGUCUGUAUCAAGGGAGUGAGGGAAGCCACUGCUUUGAAGCCCAAUGCAUAAGAAAGGAACUAUCAUAUAAGAGGGGAUGAUGACAUGCAUAUAUAUGAUCACUGAAACCCUACAUAUCACUAGGAGACAAGCUUCAGUUCACACCUGAUCCCAGAGAGCUUUUACAAGAGCAGUUGCAAAAUAUUGGGACAAGAGGGCGCUAUGAGCCAGUGUCAGAAACAAUGCUUGCUGGGCGAGCCUGAUGUGAACUCUCUCUGCCUGCACCAGACACCAAAAAUCUUUCCACUUAAUGAAUAGUUGCUGUCUCGUAGCCCCGCCCUCCUCCGUUGGAUGUUUUGGCAGUGGUAUUAUUUUGCAAUGGUUUUACAUCCACCACAACUAAUGGAUCCGUCCUUCAUCUACUACAUAAAUGUCUUUCAUUUGUUAUUUCGCUUUUCUUCUCUUUUUUUUUAUGGUAUUCAAAGCAAACCACUGCAAAAAGAGACUUCAAAGGAAAGUAAUUGCUCGAUGACUAAGCCAAUUAUAAAUUAUAUAAAGGUCACUGAGAGCUCCUAAAGAAAGAGCUCAUUUGUGAGUCAACUCUAGAAAAGCGGUCAAGCAUAGGCAUCCUAGCUGAGAUUUAAGAAAGGCGUGCAUUUUAAGUGACAUGAAUGAAGAAAUAUGGGAUUAUAAUAAAAAAAAUCAAAGCCAGAUCAGUGUUUUAAAAUGUUUUCUUUUGUUUUUCAUUGUAAUGGAAGAAGUCCGAAGGAGAGGACGAUGUCUUUCUCUGAUAGCCUUGUAAAAAUAAGAAUAGGAGAAAUUAAUAGAAUUCUUACUGAUUUUUAUUGUUUGUUUUAUAUUUUCUCACUCUUCCAACUCAAUUUAAUCAUGUUGCAUUUAUUUUGAAAUUGAUCCUAUUUAUUGACAUUUUCUUGCUCAUUAUUGAUAAUUACAGUAAAUGCCUGUUUGAAUUACAAGAUUAAUAUUUAUAUCUUCUCAGUGAUAUUUUUGUCGAAUUUUAAGUAUUUUCUAAUUAAGCUUUUAAAUUUAAUAAAAGAAGACCAUCUACAUGCACUAAAUAAUGAUGUAUUAUAUUAUUUAUUGAAUAUAGAACUGUCUGAUAUACUGUACAUUUCGAUCAUAUUUAAAGUAUUUAAAGUAGAUUUUAUUGUAUGUUUUAUCAAGCAGCUUAUGAGAAUUUUCUAAUGUUGACAAGGCAAUACACAGUUGCCAGUAUACCAAACUUAGGGUGCCUUUUGGGCAUGGGUGGAAUAUGUGGGGACUGAAGUGGCUCAAAAAAUCUGUGAAAUUUCUCAUCUUUGUCUUCUCUAUCCGUAGAGGCCAAAUACCAGUGAUUAUUUUCUGUCGUUAUUGGUCGACUGUAUCAUUGCUUGUAUGGGCAUUUAUUUGAAAUCACCAAAACACAUACACUACCAAUCAAAAGUUUGGACACACUUUCUCACUCAUUUCUUGCCCCAAUGCCACGAGAUCUCAUUAAAAAUAGUAGUUUCUUAGCUUAAGAGAAAUUAUAUUUGAAGGGCAGACCUGAUACCUAAGUGGUUUGGGAGAACGCUACACGGCCACAUUUACUCUGAGCAGCGAAUCGAUGACUCUAAAGCUUAGCUGGAGAUUGCUUGCUGUUUGUUAUUCGCUGGUUCUCGCUCUUAUUUAUUUUGUCUUCAUUCCACCGUUCCCCUUAAAAGAAAGGCAAAAAUGGCCAAAAAUAAAUCUUUAAAAAAGGGAAAAUAUCUAUUUGCACGUGAAACUGAGACAUAAGGAUGAGGAUGUAGCAUCACCAGACAGCUUUUGUCGGACAAAUUGGAAAGUAAAAGACUUCAGCAGCGUGUUGUAGAUGCAAUACAUGCAAAAGAUCAUAUUUGCGCAUAUUUUUUUGAUAAAUAUGUAAACUACAGUCUGGUGAAGAGAUGAAAAGUUGACCCCAGGUCAGUGCUCAGGGACAAUAUUACCCCAGUGAUGCAAGGCAGAAAGUAUAUCAUGGAGGCUUGGUGGAUUGAAAGAAAGAGAAUGAAAGCAAAGCAAGAAAGAUAUGAGUCUGUCUUGAGCAGAAGCCUUCCACUAUAAUCACUGUGCUUUAUGAGUCUAACCCACAAUCUUCGGGGAUCAUAGGAAAGCUAUAUAUUUUGUGUUUCAAUGUCUUUGGAAAUGGCAAUAGUAUAUGAAUGAAUGUCUUCAUACCUGAUAGACUUGUUCACCCAGAGAAGUUUAAAUUUCCAUUUUUUUCAGUUCAUGGAGGACUGUGUUUGACCCUUACAUUCUGAACCAAACCUAACUUUGUCAAACCAAAUGGAAAUAAGCUGAGUGGACCUACUUGACCUUGCUUAGCUGUGACAGACAGCACUACCCAAGCAAGGGUCAGACAGCUCAAGUCAGUUUUUCAUAAUGAAGUAUGUAAAGCGAUGCCUGUGUUGGACUGAAAGUUUAGACCCCAUUAUUUGGCUUAUUGUAACAGGAAAUUGAAAUAUUCUUUUAGAAUUUCUUUAUCCUUACAGUAAGGAGUAUAUGAGACAGCAUACAUGCCCGUGGCGUGUAUAAACUCCUAUGUACUUGAUUCUGAAAUGGUUUUGUGAUAUGUUGACAUGACUGUGGUAAAAGGUGCCAAUAUGAGGUGUGCGUGUGUGCAUACGUGCGUAUAACUUGCGUGUGAACCCAGACCUGUAGAUGCCACUAAGAACAGGGAGGCAUGCCAACACAACACAACCCAAUAGAAUCUCAGUGUAUAGUAUUUUUUAAAUAUUUUCCUACACUAUAUCUUACAGUUUGGAGGAAUCAUGAGCAUAUUAUGAUAAUCAACAGAUUUGCUUCCUUCCUAUGAAACCUGUGACUCGUUGUCAAAAGAGAGUUUCAUGCACAUGUUUUUUCUGCAAUAAUUGCUGAUGUUGUUCAACUGAAAGGGACCUGUCCCUCUACUGGUCACACUUUAUUUGAUGUCCUUUAAAUGCAUGCAGUUCUUCCACUCAGCGUGUACAGAGAUGACCUGUAAUGAUGACUGCGAGAAAGAUAGAGAGAGAUUAUAAUAUGAAAUAAAAGUAGUGAGUAUUUGGAUGCAAAUACAAAUCUGUAUUCUUAAAUGUGAAUAGGAUCAUGUCUGGCAUGCAUUGUUAAAUAAACAAUUAAAUAGA